UUUCUCUUUUUCUUUUUCCUACUUAACACAACUCGGACUCUGUCACAAGCGUCAUUUUCCCUUUCCAGUUUCCUUUGAAUUUUUCCACUUUUACGCCUUCAAAACCUCCUCCCAUUUCCAUUAAUGCGAAUCGUGUUCCUGCUUCUUCAAAUCUUCACAGAUUUUCCUUUCCAUCUUCAAAUGAGACACACAUGCUACGCGGCAAAAUACUAAAAUUCUCCUUCAUCACACAUCACUUAAAACCCCUCUCAAAUAGCGGGUUUUUUUUUUGUUUCUCAUAUAUGCUAGUCAUAAUUGUGCAGCAUGGGAAACACUUGUGUCGGAUUGAAAACCUCGUACGAUGCACUGUUUCCCUAUGUUCUCCCAAGUUCAUCAUGGUGGUUUCAUCAAACGAGGGGCACAGAAACUUCUGAGGCAGUUCAAGACACGAACGCUCUAGAGAGUGUUCAAGAAAAGCCUCCACAUGUAGUGAAAAUUGACAAGGAGGCUAAUACGUGUAGACCUUCGGAGGAACAAAUAAGGCACGUGCCAAAAAAAGGUCAUAAAGUUAAGAGGGUGGCAACAGCAUCUACUGGUGCUGGGCUACAAGCAGAGAAAGUUCUGAAGAGAAAAAGUGGUCACCUUAAAGAGUACUAUAACUUGGGACAAGAACUUGGGAAGGGAGAAUAUGGAAAAACAUUCCUUUGCACUGAGAAAGCCACGGGGAGAAAGUACGCAUGCAAGUCGAUUCCGAAGGUGAAGUUGGUGACAGAUGCUGACGUGGAGGAUGUGAAGAGGGAGAUAGAGAUAAUGCAUCACUUGGAGGGGUGUCCUAAUGUUGUAUCGAUCAGAGAGGCUUAUGAGGACGGUGUUGCAGUUCAUGUUGUGAUGGAGUUGUGUGGAGGGGGUGAACUGUUUGAUAGGAUUGUGGAGAGGGGGCAUUACACUGAGAGAAAAGCUGCUAAACUUGCAAGGACUAUAGUUGGUGUUGUAGAGAGUUGUCACUCCCUUGGAGUCAUGCAUCGGGAUCUUAAGCCUGAGAAUUUUCUCUUUGUUGAUGGGAGUGAAGACUCUACACUUAAGGCCAUAGAUUUUGGAAUGUCUGUUUUCUUCAAACCAGGAGAAAUUUUUAGGGACAUGGUUGGAAGUCCUUAUUACAUGGCACCUGAAGUUCUACGUAGGCAUUAUGGUCCAGAAGCUGAUUUGUGGAGUGCAGGUGUGAUCAUAUACAUUCUCUUAUGCGGAGCACCUCCAUUUUGGGGUGAAUCGGAGCAAGAGGUAUUUGAGGAAGUUUUGCAUGGUGAUCUUAAUUUCUCUUCAGAUCCUUGGUCCAAUAUAUCUGAAAGUGCUAAAGACUUGGUUAGGAAAAUGCUUGUUAAAGAUCCUAGAAAACGGAUAACUGCACAUGAAGUUCUUCGUCACCCUUGGAUUCAGGUUGAAGGAGUUGCUCCAGAUAAACCUCUUGAUUCUGCAGUUAUGAGUCGCCUGAAGCAGGUUUCUGUAAUGAACAAGCUCAAGAAAAUGGCUCUUAGAGUUAUUGCAGAGAAUCUCUCGGAAGAAGAAAUUUCUGAAUUGAAAGUAGUGUUUAAGAUGAUAGACACGGACAACAGUGGUCAAAUUACUUUAGAAAAACUCAAGGUUGGAUUGAAAAUGCUUGGUGCUAAUCUCAGUGAACCUGAAAUUUUGGAUCUAAUGCAAGCUGCAGAUGUUGAUAACAGUGGCACAACUGACUAUGGAGAAUUUAUAGCUGCAACGUUGCAUUUAAACAAAGUUGACAGAGAAGAUCAUUUAAUUACAGCUUUUUCAUAUUUUGAUAGAAGUGGAAGUGGCUACAUUACUCAAGAUGAGCUUCAAAAAGCUUGUGAAGAAUUUGGCAUGGCGAAUGUCUGCUUGAAGGAAAUGAUCAGAGAAGCUGAUCAGAACAAUGAUGGCCGAAUAGACUACAAUGAAUUCGUAGCUAUGAUGCUGAGAGGAAAUGCAGAUUUAGGCAAAAACGUUGUAAAUAGUGGAACUGAUCUUAGAAUUGGAUAUAGGGAGGCACUAUCAGUGUGUUAAUACAAAGUGGAAAUUAAUUUUAUGCUUUUCCCCACGAUGUGGUCAAAUUAUUUUCUCUUGAAAAGCUUAGUCAGAGGCUAUUAGUAAAAUUGUUGAUAGGUUUGCUUGGUGGGUUUUCCCAUGUUAUGUACAUUAUAGAGGAAAAUAUUAUCUUACUAAUUCUUU